ACUGCAGGGCGGGCGGCGGCGGUGGCGGUGGCGGUAGAGGGGCGUCAGACUCGCCCCAGGGUCGGCGAGGGAGGCUGGCAGUCAGGAUAGACACAUCGCGGCCAUGGGAGGCUUGAAGGACGAGCUGCUCAAGGCCAUCUGGCAUGCCUUCACCGCGCUGGACCUGGACCACAGCGGCAAGGUCUCCAAGUCCCAGCUCAAGGUCCUUUCUCAUAACCUGUGCACGGUGCUGAAGGUUCCACAUGACCCUGUUGCCCUUGAAGAGCACUUCAGGGAUGAUGAUGAGGGGCCCGUCUCCAAUCAGGGCUACAUGCCGUAUUUAAACAAGUUCAUUUUGGAAAAGGUCCAAGACAACUUUGACAAGAUUGAGUUCAAUAGGAUGUGUUGGACCCUCUGUGUCAAAAAAAACCUCACCAAGAGCCCCUUGCUCAUUACAGAAGAAGAUGCAUUUAAAGUAUGGGUUAUUUUCAACUUUUUAUCUGAGGACAAGUAUCCAUUAAUUAUUGUGCCAGAAGAGAUUGAAUACCUGCUUAAGAAACUUACAGAAGCUAUGGGAGGAGGUUGGCAACAGGAACAAUUUGAACAUUAUAAAAUCAACUUUGAUGACAGUAAAGAUGGUCUUUCUGUGUGGGAACUGAUUGAACUUAUUGGAAAUGGACAGUUUAGCAAAGGCAUGGAUCGGCAGACGGUGUCCAUGGCAAUUAAUGAAGUCUUUAAUGAGCUUAUAUUAGAUGUGUUGAAACAGGGUUACAUGAUGAAAAAAGGCCAUAGACGGAAAAACUGGACUGAACGCUGGUUUGUACUAAAACCCAACAUAAUUUCUUAUUAUGUGGGUGAAGAUCUGAAAGAUAAGAAAGGAGACAUUCUCUUGGAUGAAAACUGCUGUGUGGAGUCCUUACCUGACAAAGAUGGGAAGAAAUGCCUUUUUCUCAUAAAAUGUUUUGAUAAAACCUUUGAAAUCAGUGCCUCAGAUAAGAAGAAGAAACAGGAGUGGAUUCAGGCCAUUCACUCUACUAUCCAUCUGUUGAAGUUGGGCAGCCCCCCACCACAUAAAGAAGCCCGCCAACGUCGGAAAGAACUCCGGAAGAAGCUGCUGGCUGAACAGGAGGAGCUGGAGCGACAGAUGAAGGAGCUCCAGACUGCCAACGAAAAUAAGCAGCAGGAGCUGGAGACCGUGAGGAAGAAACUGGAAGAAGCAGCGUCUCGUGCAGCAGAAGAAGAAAAGAAACGCCUUCAGACUCAAGUGGAACUACAGGCGAGGUUCAGCACAGAGCUGGAGCGAGAGAAGCUUAUCAGACAACAGAUGGAAGAACAGGUUGCUCAGAAGUCCUCUGAACUGGAACAGUAUUUGCAGCGAGUACAGGAGCUGGAAGACAUGUACCUAAAGCUGCAGGAGGCUCUCGAGGAUGAGAGACAGGCCCGGCAAGAUGAAGAGACUGUGCGGAAGCUUCAGGCCAGGUUGCUGGAGGAAGAGUCUUCCAAGAGGGCUGAACUGGAAAAGUGGCACCUGGAGCAGCAGCAGGCCAUUCAGACAACGGAAGCGGAGAAACAGGAGCUGGAGAAUCAGCGCGUCCUGAAAGAGCGGGCCCUUCAGGAAGCCAUGGAACAGCUGGAGCAACUUGAGCUAGAGCGGAAACAAGCGCUUGAGCAGUAUGAGGGGAUUACCUACGAAGCAGUAAAGAAGACUCUACGAAUACAGGAAUGGCACGUACACGAAGCAGCCCCUGCCUCUGAGACUGAGGCAGAGCACCCAGGAAGGGAACACAUCUGCUCUUCGCCCCUUCUGCGCAUUGCUGUGAUCUAGACCUUGGAGAGGGCAUGGCCUUGGCCCCACAGACAGCAGAAAAGCCGUGACUGGGAAGCUGUCCUCUGGGGACUGGGGAAAGCAGCCCACAGGGCAAUGACACUAAAAUCCACUGGUGUGAGCACUGUGGAUGCCCCACAUGUCACAGGAGCUGCUGAGAAGAGCACAGUGGGACCUGGGAGCAGAGCCCCUUCUUCCAGUGACCCUUCAGUGCCCUUUACUGACAAAGCUGAAGUCGUGCCAGCUGGUGAGGAGAGUCACCCUGGUGUCAUGUGCAGGACAGAGAAGGCUGGAUUUGGGGCCGAGGGUGGUGAGCUGUAAUGUGUACACAAGGAUCUUACACAUUCAUGUGUAGCUGUGUCAUUAGGUCCUUUGGGUGACCUUGGGCAGGUUACCCAAGCUCUCUGCAUCCUGGUUUCCACAUCUGUAAAAUGGGGGUGAUUAAUAGUUCUUGCCUCUUCGAGUGGCUGGAUUUAAUGGGAUAAUCCACAAGAAUAGAGUAAGUGCCCAAGCAUUUUUAUUUGGUCUUAAACUGCCUGUGUGUUUGCAUAGUUUAACAUCUACUUUUG